AUGGCAAAGAAGAACAAGCACGUGGAGGUGAAACCGUCCAAGUACAGAACGACACUGUGUGAACACUAUCAGCGAGAUGGGCAAUGUCCGUACGGGGACCGUUGUGCGUUCGCGCACGGUGAACACCAACUGCAUACCGAAGAACAGAAUAUGAAGCUUCUCCGAGAAACCGGUCUCCGACGUUUGGAUGGCGUUGCGUUACCCGUGAAGACGCCAACCCGCGGGAUGCCAUCUGACAGCCCAUCCCUCGUCCUCACACCCACGAUGCGACGACAACCCACUUUUAUUUCUCUCCCGUCUCAGCUGACUGCAGAGAAAGAUGCCACCCAAGGAGGUGAGGGGAGUGAGGGGGGAAGCAAGCAAGUGUACAAUUCCAUCACUGAGUCGUCAGACUCGGAUAAAGAACCCCCACACCCAAAGUGCCGUAGCGAAUUCUCGGCAAGCUGCUCAACGGAAAAUCCAAUGAGGUACCGACACAACCCCUACGGCCUUUAUGUUUUCUAG